AUGUCCGAGGAAAAUGCAACGCAAGAUGUCACGAAACCGAAGUCACUGCUUGGAAUUCGUCACGUGCAGUGCAUGAUGCUGUUCCUUGCCUUGGUGUUUGCGUAUGCAAUGAGGGUCAACAUCAGUAUGGCAAUCGUGGCAAUGACUGACAAGUCUAAGGAGGACUCCUUCAAUUGGAGCAUACAAAAGCAAUCAGUCAUAUUAUCCUCAUUCUUCUGGGGCUACGUGGUGCUGCAAAUACCCGGUGGAGAGCUUGCAGCGAGGUUCGGUGGCAUGGUUUUGAUCACGUCCUGCAUUGCCAUCAACUCUGCCGUGUCGCUAUUGAUACCUAUAGGUUCUUACUACGGCGGGUGGCAGUUAGUCUGCGCAUGCCGUGUGAUUCAAGGUCUAUCACAAGGGUUUCUUUUCCCAUCCGUGCAUAACCUUAUCGGUAAAUGGGUUCCAUUGGAAGAGAAGAGUUGCCUUGGAACAGUCAUCUAUGCAGGAGGCCAGCUUGGCACAGCACUACAGCUAAUGGCGUCAGGGUUUAUUGCUGAAUAUUGGGGAUGGCCGGCCAUUUUCUACGUCAACGGUACACUUGGAGCUAUUUGGACUGCUCUAUACGUGUUCCUUGGUGCUGAUUCCCCACACACUUCUAAAAUGAUAAGUGUCGAAGAGCGACUUUACAUACAAACCUCACUGGGACACGUUGGUGAACAAAAGAAAUUAAGAACUCCAUGGAAGAAGAUUUGGACUUCGCUUCCAUUCAUAUCACUCAUCGUAGUGCAUUGCGGACAGAACUGGGGAUUCUGGACUCUCAUGACGGAAAUGCCGUCGUACAUGAGUCAAGUACUUGGUGUUGAAAUAAAGGCAAACGGAAUGAUGUCCGCGCUUCCUUAUCUGGCCAUGUAUCUGUUCAGCUUCCCUCUAGGCUUCAUGUCCGACUAUAUACUGAAAAAGAAGUGGUUGAGCAUCACCGCUUGCAGAAAACUUUCCAAUUCUAUUGGUCAUUUUGGUCCAGCGAUAGCUCUGGUUGUUCUCUCGUACGUCCCCGCGGGGAACGUAGCAGUCGCUGUAGCAGUUCUCACUUUUGUCGUCGGCCUCAACGCAGGACACUACACUGGUUAUUUGCUGGUACACAUAGACAUGGCACCGAACUUCGCGGGAACUAUGAUGGGUAUCACCAACUGUAUCGCCAACAUUGUCUCCAUAAUCACGCCACUUGCAGCAGGCGCCAUCUUACAGGAUGAAACGGAUCCUAACGAAUGGCGGAAAGUGUUUUACGUGGCAUCGGCCAUUUACGUCGCAUGCAACAUUUUCUUCAUCGUCUUCGGUACCAGUGAGAAACAAGAAUGGAAUGAUCCCGUUGAUGAUUCGAAGGAACCUUCAGAUGAACCCGUUGCGGGCAAGAAAACAGAGAAGAUUAUAUAA